AGAUGCAUGUGCAAUCCGAAGGUUCUACUCGUACUCCACAUACCUCUCUCAUUUUGAUGUACGUAUUGUCUGGGACUACACUAUCAGUCAUCGAGCGAUUAUGGAUGCCUCCUCUAAGAGUAUAAAGUUCGCCUGAGGAGCGCACGUCCCAUGCAGACUUCAAGCGUUCCAAAUUGCAUGUUUCCCCGCUCCGACGUCCAAGAACACCUUUGGGGCUGGAGAUGGAGGUCGUCGUACUGGUUUGUGACAUUCGUAGUAUGGCUAGGUGUUAUUGUAGACAGUCUAUCACUCGCUUUGUGUAUACCUGUUGUCCCAUUCCAGCCGAAGGCACUCGGUUAUACGGAUGUAGCUUCUCUGACGGGAUGGAUUAUUUUUGCAUAUGGUGGAAGCAAUGUCAUGACCUCUGUACCCAUUGCUAUUUGGUCUGAAGCAUACGGCACGCGAAAGCUUCCGUAUUCUAUUGGUAUAUUGUCGCUUAUUGUUUCCCAAAUCAUGUUCAUGGAAGCACCUUCUUACUGGGUCAUGUGUCUUGCGCAGUGCCUUCAGGGCGCAGGAAGUGCAGCAAGGAUGGUCAUUGGUCCGGCAGCUAUAUAAGCUAUAGUACCCUGAGAUUGUGUUCCCACUUACCCCUUGCUCCCUCAGGUGCGAUCAAGGUCCUUCUAAAGUUGUCAGGAGGCAACUGGGCAUUGCAUUGUCGGGCGCUCCCGUUGGUCUGCU